AUAUAAAUACUAUAAAAUUUAUGGACAGUAAUAAUAACAUUAAUAUCGUUAACCAAUUACCGGAACAACACCGGCUUAUCGCAUAAUUACACACCUGUAGAUUACAGCGAUAUCCAGUAUACAUUAUAUUGAAUUAUUAGCCCAACCUAAUUACUACUUGCAAUUAUUGCGAGUUAUGAAGGCUUUGUAUAUGGGCCAACAAAACAAAAAUGAACCUACACAAUCUAUUCAUUUAGUUAAUUCAAAUUGUUCUUCUACGCAAUCCCAGCCAAACAUAUCUGAUGAUGAUUUAUUAUAUGCAGUACCAACUAAUUCGGCAACAUUUAAUUCUUAUGAGUCUCUAGAGGUAUGGUUAAAAUAUUUAAAGAUGGUCGCAGACAUAUUUCAUCUGGAAGGAGUGCAGUAUUUUAUCAUUUACCUGAUCCACAUAAUAAUAUUGCAACAUAUAUCCAUUCUGUUUAUGAAAAACGAGAGAAAGAUUUUUAUGAAUAUUAUACAGAAGAUAUCGAAAUUGAAACAGAAAAUUGUAAAAUUUGUUCAACCCCCACGAUUUACAAUUGCCAGAAAUGUAACAUAACAUUUUAUUGUAGUAAAUCAUGUCAAAUAAAGGAUUGGCCAAAACAUAAACUGAAAUGUCAGUCAAUUCCAUUAUUGAUUAAAAAACAAAUUAAUGCAUCUUCUACACAAAAUAUUAGUGAAGUUGACAUUCAAGAAGAUUGGGCCCAAGAACAAGUAAAAACUCUUCGUCAUCCAAAACAACGAAUUCCACAACCUGUUUGUAUAAAUGAAAAUUUAUACAAUCAAACAAAUUUUCAACAUCAGCAAAGUAAUGAAGGAACACUUAACUGCUAUAAGGAUGUUCAAGAUAGAGAUAGUGCUUCUAUGCAAUCGAUGAAUGUCAUUAAUAAUAAAUCUAUUAUAAUGAAAGAUCAAUCUGUAUCCAUCCAAAAUAAAAUGAAUGAUCAUAUAGUUGACCAGAUGUCAAAUUGCAAGCUAAAUAGUAAUUCAUUAGUAGAACAUUGGAUUACAGAACACGUCAAGAAUGAUGACAUUGCAAUCGCAAAGCUCGCAAAAUUACCGACAAUCAUGGAUGUUUUGAAAGUUGAUGAAAUAGGACUAAUUUUAUUUCACGCAAGAAUAAGUAAACGUCAAUAUAAUAUAACUCUGGUUCCAGACAGGUUUUUAGAAGACUUUCGAAAUUUGUUGGAUAAUUUAAAAAAACAUUGUCUGGAAGAACUGUCAAAAAAUUCCAAUUUCAGACCUGAAGUAGGCGAUUUAAUUUGUGGUGAGAGUAAAGAAAGAAAAGAAUGGUUUCGAGGUGUAGUUUUGUCUACAAAGCCUGCUAUUAAAUUAGCCACAAUCGACGAAAGCAGAAUUUUUGUACCUAUCAACUACACGCCAAUGCCUUCGAAAUACAAUAGUAUUUGUAGUAUGGGUCUUGUUUGUGAAUUUCCUCAUGAUAACGAAAUGCUUACUGUCAUUAAAUCUAAUAUUGGUAAAUUUACAGUCGUGGAAAAAUCAAAAGAUGUCACUCGAAUUAAAAUAAAUUUGAAUGAUGUUUUAGUAUCUGUAAAUAAUGUUUUAUUAAAAACGUGGAUUCCUAAAAUAGAACAAAAAAGUUUCCAAUAUGUAUCUUUGAAAAGUGGAAAUAGACCUUUCUUUGUAGUUCCUAUUGUUGGACAAAUUGUUAUGGCUCAGUAUCAGGCUGAUAAUAAUUAUUAUCGAGCUAUCGUAACCAAAGUAAAGGGUGAAAUUAUUGUAGUAAAAUAUAUUGAUUAUGGAAAUGACGAGAUAACUACGUUAGAUAAAAUUUUUAUUUUACCAGAUGAUUUAAAAGAAGUGAGUACUUAA